AUGCACUUGGGGUGGGAUAAAACGCUGGAGAAACCGUACGAGCAUUACUGGUUCGAGGGAAUGGCGAAAUAUGUUCGCAAAUUCGUCGAGAACUGCCAUGCCUGUCGAGUUUCGAAGGCCAGUUCAAGCAAGAUAAAAGCGGAACUGCACCACAUACCCAAGACUAGCAUACCUUGGCACACGGUGCACAUGGAUGUCACGGGCAAAUUGAGCGGGAAGAGUGACUCGAAGGAGUACGUCGUUGUGUUGGUCGACGCCUUCACCAAAUUCGUAUACCUACGUCACACCCGCAAAAUAGACUCCAGUAACACCAUCGAAGCACUUAAGUCGGCUAUAUUCUUAUUCGGCAGUCCCUGCCGGGGCCCACCCACACCAAACUUUCCUCCGGAAAAGCACAAGAGCGAAAAGCUCAGUCUCAAUCAAGCAUCUCUUCAAGCAGUCAACAAAUCGAAUACACAACAUAUAUGUGCUUUAAACAAAUUAGGACAAGUCAACCCCGAUAACAGUGCUCUACUUAACUGCAUCAUUUUGUCGAAGGUACCAUUAAGUAUUCAAAAACAAUGGGAAAUGGAGCUGCCUGACCACGAAGUGUCUCAGUAUAGUCAUUUGCUAAAAUUCCUCGAGAAAUUAGCACGGAACUCCAGACCGCUUCCCACGGUUCAACAACCAAGAGCUUCACCAGAACAAACCAUUCGGACUCGUCAACGCGCCCCACGAGGGCAUGCCAAAACUGUAAGUAAACGCUUAAAGGACUCUACAAAGGCGUCUUUAUGCUUGAACUGUCUGAAGAAGGGGCACAUAGCGCGUGAUUGUCACGCCGGCUCGUGUCGAAUGUGCGGAGGACGACAUCACACGACAUCCGGAAAAACAGCCGUCGAGGUCGAAUUCCUCCACCUCGAGCCGAAGUCCCUCCUCGUCAAGCAGAAGAACAGCAUUGCCCCCGUCACCUACAGAACUCCGACAAGGACCGAAGAUACCCGACCAGCAGCUUCCGAGGUAUUGCAUAAUGACAUAGUGACUACAGCCCAAGUCCACAUACUAACCAACAAACAGCAACCGAUCCAGUGCCGUGCGCUCCUCGACACCGGAUCCAGCAUGAACUUCAUCACAGAAAGGCUUGCAAACAUCCUCGGAAUAAGGCAAAGGAAGUGUUCGGUCCCAAUUGGAGCUCUCGAUACAUUGAAGACGACAUCAAGGCGACUCAUAAGGGCGACGAUUACCUCCAUUGACGGCAAGUACGAAUGCACAUUGGCAUUUCUCGUCAUUCCAGCCAUAACGCACCUGAUUUCAAGUCAGCCCAUCGAUCGUUCGGCGCUUGACAUACCCAGGAAUAUCAAGCUAGCCGAUCCCCGAUUUCAUGUGCCUUCCCCGAUCGCUGUCUUAUUAAGCUCGGGCACAACUCUUUCGUCGAUGUACGUCGGACAAAUCAACCUGACGCAACCGGACGAACCGGAACUGCGCUCGCAAAAAGCACUAUUCGGCUGGGUAAUCGGGGGGAGUCCAACUUCCUCAACCGCGACAAACACUUUUCACGCAUCCACGACGGCUCCGCAAGUAGACCUUACGCGGUUCUGGGAAAUCGACGAAGGACCCCCAAUCAAACACAUCUCAGAAGCAGAGCGACGAUGCGAAGAUCAUUUCAGAGCUCACACCCGACGCACCAGCGAAGGACGAUACAUCGUCGCUCUCCCGUUCAACGAAAAUCUCUCGUCGCUCGGAUCAUCCAAGGCAUUGGCAAUGAAACGACUCGCAUCCCUCAACCGCCGAUUCCAGCGCGACAGGCGCUUUGAAGCCGAUUAUCGAGCGGUAAUCCAAGAUUAUCUAGAUCGAGGACACAUGUCAAAAAUCAGUCCUGACAACACCGACGAAGGCGGGUAUUAUCUACCACACCACGCCGUGAUCAAGGUAGCGAGCGAAACAACGAAACUCCGAGUCGUGUUCGACGGAUCCGCGGCUAGCAGCAUCGGAGUAUCAUUAAACGACACACUCUAUAGAGGGUCCAAGUUACAAGAGGAUCUAUUCAAUAUCCUGCUUAGAUUCCGUCUGCAUCAGUAUGUACUCACCGGGAACAUCGAGAAGAUGUACAGGAAAUUCCUGGUGCGAUCAGAGGACCGACAAUAUCAACAAAUCGUUUGGCGUAACAAGGAGGGGGAAAUCGAAACCUACCAACUUAACACCGUGACGUUCGGGUUAUCGGCAACUCCAUACUUGGCCCUACGGUGUCUCAAGAAGUUGGCAGACGAUGAAGGACAUCGAUUUCCACGAGCGUCAUCGGCUCUGCGACGAGACUUCUACGUCGAUGACGCCCUCACCGGAGCGGACACGAAGGAAGAGGUACUACCCCUCAGAAAGGAACUAACCGAACUUCUCCAAUCCGCCGGUUUGAACAUUCGAGAAUGGGCUUCCAACGACCAGAGCAUCCUCCAAGGGUUAUCCGAACAAGACAAAAGCCGAAGGUUACAAUUAGUUGAGUAUCAAACCCUAAAAACACUCGGCAUAUUUUGGGAUUCCAAGGACGACGCAAUACUCUACUCGGUCGAAGCUAACGCCAAGAUCUCUUGGGUUACAAAGCGAUCCAUCAGCUCGGUGAUCGCCAGAAUUUACGACUCACUAGGAUCGCUUGCGCCAGUGAUCGUUCGAGCGAAGAUUAUACUUCAACGAGUCUGGUCGCUAAAGGUCGACUGGGACGAGGCCCUGCCAGCGGAUUUGCAUUCCGAGUGGAACCGUUACUACACCAAACUAUCACUACUCAACGAGAUACGGUUCCCACGCAAGACCAUAAUAAAAACACUCAUCGAGAUUGAGCUCCACGGCUUUUGUGACGCCAGCGAAAGGGCAUACGGAGCCUGUGUCUAUCUGAGGUCUCUCGAUCGUUACGGAAACGUCCAGACACGACUACUCACUGCGAAAUCGAAGGUAGCUCCGCUCAAAACGCAAACCAUUCCACGACUUGAACUGAGUGGCGCUCUUCUACUCACGUCACUAAUUGCAAUCAUAAGGCAAGCAUUGCAUAUCGAGGUAAAGCGUACAGUUUAUUGGACGGAUUCCACCAUUGUUCUUCAGUGGAUCAAUUCGUCACCUCACACACUGAAAACAUUCGUCGCAAAUCGCGUAGCCGAGAUACAGAACAAAACUAGCUUCACAGAUUGGCGUCAUGUUCCCACCAAUGACAAUCCGGCGGGUCUGAUUUCUCGAGGACAAUCAGCCGAAGACUUCCUGCAGCCUAACAUGUGGCAAACUGGACCACGGUGGCUGCAACAACCAGAAGAAUAUUGGCCGAUGUGGAGUCCAACACGUUUAGCCAACUUACCAGAACGGAAAGCAGCAACUUGUCUCGCCACAACUCCUGUCGACAACAGCCUCUUGGACAGAUUUUCAUCGUGGACAAGAUGGGAGUCCUUAUGCCGAGGAUUCGAACUCGCGACGGGUCGUCUUCAGUUCUGGGCUUUAACGACCGUAGCUGGCUGCCUCGCCGAGGUUCUAGCUGAUUGGAAAGUAUUUGAUUCUUAA